AUGCACCGCUGCCUAUGCAUAGCAGAGAUCUUGUCCUUCAUAUGUCACCAAAUCCGUCUGGACCACGGCAAUGCAACCCUUGCAGCUCUCGCACAAACAUGCACGUCCCUCAGCGACACCGCCCUUGACGAACUUGAAUUCUAUGCCAACAUUAACUCUGAUGAUUUCUUGUGCUGUCUUCACGGGGAUUUGGUAAAGUUUGAUCCGGAACGGAGCCCUACCAGGCGUUCCGUUUCUUUCAUAGACCUCCUACGGCCCAUCCGUUGGAGUGACUUAGAGGUCGUCCGGCGACACGGAAAGCGCGUUCUGUGUUUGACUUAUGAUCAUACUUUGACCAACCACCGGAUAUACCUCACUCAGGAACUCCUUCAUGUCUUGGCGAAUACUAGUUAUCGGCUGUUUCCUUCGCUUAGGGUGCUAUCCUGGCGAUUUGGACCUCCACUGGACGAAGAGACGCUGUUUGUUGGUAACCUUCUCGUCCCCACACUGAAAGAUGUCUCAUUGUCCCAAUUCUUCGAGCUUGUGCCCGCGAUCGUCCCUCGCCUGUUCCAGAUCGCUCCUUCGAUUCAAAGCCUAACUCUCAAUCCUUACGACAGCGCAGUCUUCUACGAUACCUUCUCCUCUCUAGGACAAUGCUUGAUGGGAAGGAAAAGCCUGAAAGAACUCUACUUUGACUCUGACUUGCGUGAUAUUUACUCGCAGCUCCUGUCUGUCGUACCUUCACUACCGUCCCUCGAGACUUUACAUUUAACGUCCUCCGAAUGUAUCGAACGCGACGAGAUUUUCGAACCUAUCGAACAGGAGCCUAGUGUCUUUUACCCAGAGGCAAUAACCCCGUUCUUCCCCGCUUUACAGACGCUUUUCCUAGGCGGACCAUACCUGCACAUUCUACAGACUCCCAACCGCUUCCGCAGCGUCACAUCUGUCGACGUCAUCACUGGCAGGCCAGAAUAUGAGCCGUUCAUACACGGUCUCACCAUGAGCCUACCCCAUGACAUCCUCACUUCGCUAACAAUUCGCAACUCCAUCGACUGGGAUCCCGCCACGGAUUAUGCAUGCUCUUCAACGGUAUUUCGUCCAUUGGCUGUAUUCAAGAACUUGACACACUUCGUCCACGCGAGCAAGUGGCCCAUCGCGUGGUCUGACGCGGGCAUCGACGAGCUGUCCGGGUUCUGGCCGAAGUUGUGCAGCUUCUCGGUGGACGCCAAUCCCGCAAGGACCCAUUUCCUGUGCGAAGGACGGCUUAUGAACAUUCGCCGGUUGGGGAUCUUGCUCACGAAUUGUCCGCUGCUCGAGGUGGUGUGUGUAUACCUCUUCGCGAUUGAGCUCGAGGAGGAUAAAGUGGAGCAGAUCGACCAGCUCCCGAGGCACGAACGUCUCGAUCAGCUUAACCUUUUUUGCUCGCCGAUUCAGCCGGAAGCGGACGAGGUGGCGAAGCUGCUGAAGCAUAUGCUUCCUCGGCUGAAGUCGCUCAGCCAUAAUGAUCGGAAGCUGGCGACGCAUCCAUCUCGUCCCCUAGUUAUGGAGCAAUGGCGAGAGGUGGCGAAGAGGGUCACUGGGAAGUAACUUAACAAGUAAGUGGUGAAGUGUAGUCUCCAACUUGGGCAUAAGUUUGCAUGGUCAAUGCUACCGCACAUGUUCAUUUCCUCGAGUGUCACACUUUGAUACGUGUUGUAAGCUACUAUCAGAGCUAGUCGUUAGCAUU